GUGUAUUUAUUUACUUAAUCUGCGAAUAUAUUUAUUUUAAGUGUUUUUCAACCUAUUUUAUACAGCCCAUGGUUUCAACAAUAAAAAAAGCAACAUUCCAAGUAGGCCUACUGACUUGCUCAAACUUCUGUUCUUGAACUCCACUGUGAAUACAUUAUAUAUUUGAAUUAUUUUCGUUUAUUUUUAGUUUAGUCAUGACAUUUUAGUUUCGACAUUUAGUUUAGUCAUGUUUGAGGUGAAAGGCCUACACAGGCCAUUCGCAACAGAACGCGCCUAACCUGCCUGAAGACUUCACAUGGGCACCACAGACUAAAAAAAUAUAGAUUAGAAUGUUGCCGCUUAAUUGGCACAGCACACACCUUUCACCGAUCAAAUUGAUUGACGUGUCCAGGCUCGACAUUACCAAAGUUACAUUUGGUUCCCACCAUGGUUCCCACGCUAUUUCUGUCUUGUCAGCAUCCAAUGUCAACUUGCAUUUGUUUGAAAUUAAGUCUGAGGUAAUGUAAUACUUCGUUUAGAUUGUUCAACAAGAUUACUAGAAUUCUAGUCAGUGCACAGAGUAGCAUCUCUUUUUUAUUAUUAUCCUACAUGUGGUGAAGCGCGGCGCGCAUGCAUAGAAUGGUUUCCCCAUAGAAUUCGUUUUCAAGACAGCUGGCUACCGUUUGCAGCUUCGUGGAAAUUUGGCCGGGCAAGUCAACACUAACGUAUAAGUUAGUCCGUAGCUACAGGUAACCUCGGCUGUUGCGCUGACGAUAAACUUUACACAAAUUAGCCAGUUAGCUAGGUGUCGCUGGCUUGGUAAGAGAGUCUUCAUUGUCUUGAGCUGCAAGCCAAGGGUUACAAGGUGAAAGUCAUGAGGAAGCGAUGCCAAAGAUGGAGUACAACACCUCCCUCAGUAACUGUGCGCAUCAACCCCUCCACUGCACACAGUCUUCAGCUAAAGAGAGGCCUUCGGAUGAAACGACCAAAUAUUCAAGAGGUGCAAGGCCCGCCAGAGAAGAGUCAUAACGGCCGGGGUCAUGACGACGCUGCUCAGAGAUAUCUCUCGUGGGGUCCCACUCUUGUGAUUAAGCGUCAGGAGAUGGCAGCUUACUUCAGACUAUUUGAUGAUGGCCUUAUACAGGAUUUCUUAUGGAUGGAUUGUUGCUGUAAAAUCACAGACAAGUAUUUGCUGGCAAUGACAUUCGUCUACUUCAGAAGGGCUCAUUUCAGCAUUCAUGAACACAACAGAACUAACUUCUUCAUAGCACUUUACCUGGCUAACGCUAUGGAGGAGGACGACGAGGAGGGCAAGUACGAGAUCUUCCCCUGGGCGCUGGGGAAGAGUUGGCGGAAACAGUUCCCAGGAUUCCUGAAGCAGAGGGACAAACUGUGGGCACGCAUCGAGUACCGGGCAGCUGUCAGUCGCCGCUGCUGUGAGGAGGUUAUGGCUAUUGUGCCGACCCACUUCAUCUGGCAGCGGGUACGUGCGGAGCACCACAGCGGGGCACAGCGCCAGUACCGUGACCGGGACGAGGUGCACCUGCCCCGCGGGCCGUCUGCCGGCUCCCCCGAGCCCUGUGGCCUCUGUGCCAAAAGCGCCGCCCUCCCGCCUCGGCCUCGGCCCACCUCCUCCUCCUCCUCCUCCUCCUCCUCCUCCUGCUGCUUCGACGACGACUCCUCCGCCAACCACAACUCCCCUGCCGUCUCCUCCUCCUCGCCGCUCCCCUUCAGCCUGUCACUCUCUCUAGAGAGCACGCCGCCUCCUCCUCCUGCCCGAGGCAGAGUGCCCGCCAGGCCCAGCAGGCGGAACAGGCAACGCCGCGUCUGCCUAUGCUGCUCUCAGGACCCCACAGUUGGAGACCUGGUGUGUGAGGCAGAACAUGACCCUACAAUGGACUGGAUUGGCGAAGAGUAAAUUCGAAUACACAUGUAAUAUUUGAGUAUAUAUGUAAAUUAAUAUAGUUAUUUGUAGACAUUGAUCCACAAAUGUUUGGAUUUGUCAGUUCCUUUAUGUGUAUCUGUCAAAAAAGACAAGAUAUUUUUGUAACACUGCUUUUUGAAAAGAACGUUUAGUUUGAGCUUAUACUGGUUUGUAUAGAUUUCUUCAACCAGGUAAUGUGAAAACUUAAUGUUGAAGUACAUGUUAUCAGAAUCCAGAAACUGAACUCUCAUUAGUUACAGUUAAUUGUAAAUAGGUUGUGUGAAUUACACAUACCUUUCAGACCGAAGGCCAGUGUCCUGAUAGUGUCACAACUUAAAUAAUUUAUGUUCUCUCACCCUCAGCUCUGGAUGAUUAGAGGUAUUUAUGGUCAACACCUGGCGAUCUAGCCAGGUGUAAACAUGUCUGCAGUGUUACCAGUUGCAUUUACCCCAGGAACACUUACAGCAUGAGCGCCGCCUCCUAAUGAAGUGAUUUGAGUGGCUGUUGAAAAUGCUGUGGGAUCCAAGGGAGUUGUUUACUGGUUUCGUGUUUUAACUCUGAAGCCACUGUGUGACAAUAAAUAUGGAAAGAACUUCA